AUGUACAAGCAGCUGAAGAAGUUAGAUGAAGACAGUUUAACCAAACAACCUGAAGAAGUAUUUGAUGUAUUGGAGAAGCUUGGAGAAGGCUCCUAUGGCAGUGUGUUCAAAGCCAUUCAUAAAGAAACGGGUCAAGUUGUUGCAAUUAAACAAGUUCCUGUGGAAUCUGACCUGCAAGAGAUUAUAAAGGAAAUAUCCAUAAUGCAGCAAUGUGACAGUCCUCAUGUGGUGAAAUAUUACGGCAGCUAUUUUAAGAACACAGACCUGUGGAUAGUCAUGGAAUACUGCGGCGCUGGAUCGGUGUCUGAUAUUAUUCGAUUACGAAAUAAAACUCUCACUGAAGAGGAAAUUGCUACAAUAGUGCAAUCAACACUGAAAGGACUAGAGUACCUGCAUUUUAUGAGGAAAAUACACAGGGACAUCAAAGCUGGAAAUAUAUUGCUGAAUACAGAGGGACAUGCUAAACUUGCAGAUUUUGGAGUAGCAGGACAACUUACGGACACCAUGGCAAAGCGGAACACAGUUAUAGGGACCCCAUUCUGGAUGGCUCCAGAAGUGAUUCAAGAAAUUGGGUAUAAUUGUGUUGCAGACAUCUGGUCUCUGGGAAUCACUGCAAUAGAAAUGGCUGAAGGCAAACCACCUUAUGCAGAUAUUCAUCCUAUGAGGGCAAUUUUCAUGAUUCCUACCAAUCCACCUCCAACAUUCCGGAAACCCGAGCUCUGGUCUGACAAUUUUACGGACUUUGUAAAACAGUGUCUUGUUAAGAGCCCGGAGCAGCGUGCCACUGCAACUCAGCUUCUGCAGCAUCCGUUUGUUAAAAGUGCCAAAGGAGUGUCAAUUCUGCGAGACUUGAUUAAUGAAGCAAUGGAUAUCAAGCUGAAACGUCAAGAGGCACAACAACGUGAAGUAGAUCAAGAUGAUGAAGAAAAUUCAAACCCCCCUUAUAGAAACUUUCUACUGCACAAGAGCAACCGACAGAAACCUGAGGAAGAAGAUGAAACAGAUUCAGGUACCAUGGUGAGGGCAAGUGGAGAUGAAACUGGUACCAUAAGAGCUGUCAACACAAUGAGUGAUGGAGCCAACACAAUGAUUGAACACGACGGCACCUUGGAAUCCCAGCUGGGCACAAUGGUCAUAAACACAGAAGAGGAAGAGGAGGAGGGCACCAUGAAAAGGAGAGAUGAAACAAUGCAGCCAGCCAAGCCAUCAUUCCUUGAAUAUUUUGAGCAGAAGGAGAAGGAGAAUCAAAUCAAUAGCUUUGGGAAGAAUGUGUCUGGCCAGACAAAAAAUGCAUCUGAUUGGAAAGUACCACAGGAUGGAGACUACGAAUUUCUGAAGACUUGGAGUGUUGAUGAACUGCAGAGGCGGCUCUCAGCCCUGGACCCCAUGAUGGAGCAGGAGAUUGAAGAAAUCCGCCAGAAGUACCAGUCGAAGCGGCAGCCGAUCCUUGAUGCCAUUGAAGCCAAGAAGCGGCGGCAGCAGAACUUCUGAGCCACUGGUAGAAUAUUCUUCCAUCCUCAAACAAUCAGCUCCUUGCUUUUAUGACUACUGAAUAGAUUGAUUUCUAUUGAAAUACGCUAGCAAAAUACAGGGCAAUACUUCUGCUCAUUUAUUUUUCCAUAGCACCUUUGUGAACUCAGGAAUGCCAUUAAGUGGAAAGUCCUGAUGAUAUGUUUUAAUGUUAGACAUAUAUUUAAAACAUUAUUCUGAAGGAGUUUUGUUACUGUUUUUAGGGGGGGUUGGUUUUAAAUCAAAGGAACAGAUAGAAAUAGGCUAAUGAAAGUUGGCUCAUUCUCUUUUUCAACUGAACUUUCAGUAGUCCAUUUUAUUUUAAGUUAAUACGGAUUGUGGUAUUUAAUGGCUUCAUCUUUUGUGGUUUUUGGUUUUGUUUGUGAAUGCACAGACUCAAUUUCAAGCUGUUUAACUGUAUCUUUCUACUGUGUUAAGGUACUGAUAAGUUUUAGGUCACUGAAGAGAGCAGGUGAGAACAUGUACAAACUUGUUCCAGCCUUUUGAAAGAAACUUAAAUCUCAUUUUUUAAGAAGCCUGUAAUAAGCCCCAUGCCUUACACUGUGUGCUUUAAGCAAGUGUGGUUUCUUCAAGACCUCAGUUUUGUCCUCUUUUUGUGUACUUCAUGAAUUAAUACAAGUAGAUAAAGCAUGUUGUGCCUCCAUCAGAAAUUAGAUUCUGUAAUUUAAAAUCCACACUGACUUAAAACCAAAAGCCAAUUGAUCUGAUUCUCCUUCAUCGGUUUGUUUGGAAAAGUCCUUCAGGGAGACCCUGCUGAUGGUGGAGUGCUGGGAAAAGGAAACAGUAUUUGACUGGGCGGAAGUUGUGUGAACCUCUCUCAGGAAUUAGGUACUUCUGCUGUGUCUGAGAGGAGUUAAAAAUCUCCACAGUUUGUGAAAUAUUCUAUAGGUUUCAUUUCAGAUUUACAUCUUUAGAGACGCUUGAAUAAAAACAAUCCUUCACAUUUCUGCAAGGUUUAGCACAUCAGAAAAAUUGAAAUGAAGGUAAAGACUUUGUUGAAUUAACAAAGAUGUGUGUUUAUGGUGGUGGAGCAAAGGUGGGGUUGAUCUGGUUGAGAAGACAGUUACUGAUGUCCUACUGGAGGAGAUUCAGUCUCUUCUCUUCCAGUUCCUCUGCAUGCUCUUGUGUGCUUUCUUUAAAUUUCCCUGCAAUUCCUGCCCAGUAUAACUCAAUGAAAACGCCCCAGUGUGUACAAUCACUGUGAGGAUGGUGCAAUUAACUCACACCAGUAGAGUGGAGAGUAAAACAGAAGCAAAGAGUCUAGUUGCAAGGCAGAGACCAAGUGAUGCCUCUGCCCCAUGUAACAGAAGAGGUAUGUAGUUUUAGAUGUAUCUAGCAUAUGAUGAAAUAUUGGUCAGAGUAAGUAUUUCUACCGAUUUAUUUUUAUUUUGCUCUAAUAGAGGGAACAGUUUCUAUGCCAUUCUUCUGAAAUCGGCCUUGGUACAUCACCUAGAUAAUUAAACUAAAUAGCAGUGUCUCCUGAAUCAAAUGCUGCUAGAGAGGUGAAGUGUUCAUUUCACACCUCAUAGGCUUUUUUUUUUUUUUUUUUU